CCCUGAGCCAGGUGCGCCCCGCCCCUCUGGGCCAGGUACAUCCCGCCCCUUCAGACCAAGUCCGCCAGGGCCCCUGCCCCUGCCCGUUGGCCCGGAAGCCCAGUUCAGGAGCCGCAGAUUCUUCAGACCUGAAGAUUCAGUUUUCUCCACAAUUCUUGUAACCCCCUCCAGGCUGUGGGUCAAAGGGAUACCUGAGUUCUGUGGCCUCCUAAGAUCCAGUGAAGGAAGGAGGCAGCCUCAGGACCAUGACAGAAGCAAACACCACAAGUCCAGAGUCUUUAAUGACUUCUGCUGAACCAGAGGCAGGGACUGGGGCUGGGACCACUGCCUGGCCUGCUCUGGUAGGGGUGAUCCUCGCAGCCGUGCUGCUCUCUCUUCUUAUCGCUCUGGCUGCCAAGUGCCACGUCUGCCACCAGCACCGCGCCAGCUAUGGACACCGUCCGCUCUCUGGGUCAGGGAAGAGUGUUACUUUUGGGCUACCACCCGAUGAUGAUAAGGAUGACGACGGCUUCAUUGAGGACAACUACAUCCAGCCAGAGGCUGAGGAGUCACGGCCAGGAGUCGGCGAGGCUCCAUUUUCCCUCUGAGUCAGGCCCCUUUCUCACUGCCGGUUUUCUCCCCUUUACCGUUCCCAGAGUUCCCCAAUAAACUCAGACCUAAAGAC